AUGAAGCAGCUGCCGCGCGACGGUCAGGUGGAGCUCUCCAGCCUCCUGCCCCACAAGGCACAGGACUCGGCCUGCGCACCCCUGCCCGAUGCGCUGGAGCAGGACAAGGACAUUGCGGGCUUCCAGGGCUACCGCUCCCCGCUGUACCGCCAGAUCCUGUUCUGGGCCCUGUGUGUGCUGACCGGCGGCCUGCUCUUCCUGCUGUCCCGCUGGUUCAUGCGGCUGCGCGUGCUGCUCGCCCUGGUGCCCUGCCCGCUGGCCCAGGCCGAGUAUGUGGUGGUCACGCUGGUGGACCGGCACGAGGACCUGGUGCGCGUGCAGAAGAUGGCCAGCUUCAGCAGCAUCAGCAUCCAGGCCAACGGCUCCGCCUCGCUGUCGCUGUCCGCCUCCUCCUCCCACCACCACCACCACCAUGUGCUGUCAGAGGACGAGUCCCCCAUCGCCUCCCCCACGGUGGCGGCCACCGCGCCGCUCAAGGGCGGCGACGGGUACGACCGGCUGCUGGAGUACCGGUGCGGGCGGUACCUGUACCACCACGCGCAGGCCACCUUCCUGCCCGUCCCCGACAUGCCCCACGACUUUGCCGCCACCCUGCACACCGUGGCGGGCAGCCGCAACAUCAAGG